AUGGGAGUUAUAGGAGUCUACAUUGGGUCAAUGCUGAUGUUCGGCGCGCUGAAUACGCUGAUAGGGAAAAUACAAUUUCAAACUUCAUCUGUUGGCAUCGACGGUGAAAAACAUCUUUUCGCAAAACCAUGGUUUAACACUUUUUCAAUGUUCAUGGGAAUGUCACUCAGCAUUGUGGCGUACUUGAUAAGCGUUUAUAUAAAACGUCGGAGAACUAACGAGAAAAUCGAUCAGGAGGAACCUCUGCUGGAGCCCAUAAGAAGGCCUGAUACAAAUCAUAAAGUGAAACGAUACCUUAUGAUUGGUCUGCCCGCCGCGUUGGAUCUAACUGCUACGGUUAUGUGCUUUGUGGGGCUUCUGUACAACCCUGCAUCGGUCUGGCAAAUGCUGAGAGGCGCGGAAAUAAUAUUUUGUGCAAUCCUGUCGGUAUUUUUCCUGGGAAGACGUUUACAAGCUCACCAUUGGGUUGCGGUUGGUCUGUGUUUUAUCGCAAUUCUUAUCGUUGGUUUUGCCAAUUUGAUGAGUUCGCAAAACUCCACCCCUGCUGGAGGCGACCCUACGAUGAUGCUAAUUGGUAUGGUUAUGAUAGUCGCCGGACAGAUCGUGCAAGCAGGCCAGGUUGUCUGUGAGGAAAGGCUCAUGAAAGAGUGGACGGUGUCACCACUGCAAUUGGUCGGACUCGAGGGAAUUUGGGGUUGUUUUUUCAUGUGUAUAAUCGUCUUCCCAAUCUUGCAAAGGAUCCCAGGAGAAGAUCGCGGAAGUAUGGAAAACACGAUUGACACUUUGAAGAUGCUCCAAAACAACUAUACGCGAAUUGAAAAUGUCGAGAGCAUUUCAGUGUAUGCCCACCAGCAACUCGAUGGUCGCACUUGA